UGCCGCCAUGGCGCCGCGGGGCCCCGGCCGCGUCUCCGUGCUGCUGCCCACCUACAACGAGCGCGACAACCUGCCCCUGGUCGUGUGGCUGCUGGUGCGCACCUUCAGCGACAGUGGCAUAGAUUUUGAAAUUAUCAUCAUAGAUGAUGGAAGCCCGGAUGGGACACAGGAAGUUGCUCAGCAACUGGAAAAGAUAUAUGGAUCAGAUAAAAUACUUCUGAGACCCAGAGCAAGGAAGUUGGGCCUGGGCACUGCUUACAUUCAUGGAAUGAAGUAUGCCACUGGGAAUUUCAUUGUUAUUAUGGAUGCUGACCUCUCCCACCAUCCAAAAUUUAUUCCAGAGUUUAUCAGAAAGCAGCAAGAAGGCAAUUUUGAUAUUGUAUCUGGAACAAGAUAUAAAGGAAAUGGAGGAGUGUAUGGCUGGGAUUUGAAAAGAAAGUUAAUCAGUCGUGGAGCCAAUUUUCUGACUCAGGUCUUGCUGAGACCAGGAGCAUCAGAUCUAACAGGGAGUUUCAGGUUGUACAGGAAAGAAGUCUUGCAGAAGCUGAUGGAGAAGUGUGUUUCUAAAGGCUACGUCUUCCAGAUGGAGAUGAUUGUCCGGGCCAGGCAGUUGGGAUUCACCAUUGGAGAGGUUCCCAUCUCGUUUGUGGAUCGUGUGUACGGAGAAUCCAAACUGGGAGGCAAUGAAAUCGUCUCCUUCCUAAAGGGGCUCCUGACCUUGUUUGCUACAACCUGAGAGUUCAUCCUGAAGUAAUUUUUCUAGACAAACAUUUUCUGACAUCUGUGUAGAUUUAAUCAUAUAAUAGCAAAAGCUUGAUCAUUUGUGUGGUGGCCAGAAGACCUGCUGUGACCUAACAAUUAAACAACCAUCCACAAUAAAUCAAACAUUCUGCAGCCCAGAAUGCUCCUUCCUACAGAAAUGGACUGUAUGUUAAACCAAAAAUUAAUAAAGGCUAAUGUUUUUCUAUUUUUGUAAAAAUAAUUAAGUCUUAAUGAAGAACACAAAGCUAAAUGAUCUUUUGCAUUUGGAAAUGAAUCAUUAUUUAGCAGAAGCUAAGGAUAAUUUUGAAAUAAAGACAAGCAAGGACAACAAAACCCCUGGAAUGUGUCCUGUGGUUUGUAGAUAUUAAUUUAAAUAGAUACUAAUUAGUGUCCUUUCUUCCCCUCAGCACAUGUGCACAUUGUCAUGAAGCAGCUCCAAAGAACUGCUCGUGGCUGGGGCAGUUCAAGAGGAAAUCAGAGUUCAGUGGUUUGUGCCUAGACUGGAAAGAAGGAAUAUUCUUUGGAUAGGAAAGGGAACCAUAUGUGUGGAAUAAUUCUGUAUUCUGUGUGUUUGUCCAGAAGCAGAUGAGCUCCUUUCCUUCCCUUCUUUAGAAACUAAACAUAUUCAGAGUCUGUGAAAUGGAACCUCACCAGGUUUGGGGGAACAGAAGACCCCCAUUCACCUCAGGGAAGAUACUGCAGAUUUUUUCCUCAUGUCAAGUACCAGUUUGCAAAGUCAAGUCUGUAUUCAGUAAAGUCUGUAUAUAAAGAUCCAGAUCCUGAGGAAGGAAGUACAGACUGAGCAAUGCAAG